GUUAUACUAUUCGACUUUUUUGGUUCGUCUUAAAGCUAAAUAAAAUGAGUAAUAUAUAUAUACAGGAACCACCGACAUUGGGAAAGGUUCUUCUUCGAACAACAGUGGGCGAUAUCGACGUAGAAUUAUGGUCCCGCGAAUGUCCAAAAGCGUGCAGGAAUUUCAUACAAUUAUGUAUGGAAGGUUACUACAACAACACAAUAUUCCAUCGCGUUGUAAAAGAUUUUAUUGUACAAGGCGGUGACCCGUGUGGCGAUGGUAGUGGAGGUGAAUCUAUAUAUGGUGAGCCGUUUAAGGAUGAAUUUCAUUCGCGUCUACGUUAUACCCGACGUGGACUUGUUGGUAUGGCCAACUCGGACAAGGACGACAAUGGAUCACAGUUCUUUUUUACGAUGGCGGCGACGCCAGAACUGCAAAAUAAGAAUACUUUGUUUGGGAAAGUAACUGGCGACACCGUGUUUAACAUGCUCAAAUUGGAGGAAGGAGAAGUAGAUCACAACGAAAGGCCUAUGUAUCCUCAUAGGAUACUGAAAACGGAAAUCCUAAAGAAUCCAUUUGAAGAUAUUGUACCGAGAGAGCUGAAAAAGGAAGUGAAAAAGGAUAAAAAGAAGAAAAAAGAAAAGGGUGUCAAGAAUUUUGGGUUACUUUCUUUCGGUGAAGAAGCCGAAGAGGAUGAAGUUGAAACCACUGUCUUUGUACAGAAAAAUGCCGGAAAAGCUAAAUCUUUACAUGACGUUGUCGAUGACCCAAAAUUGAGUAAAGAGCCGAUUAAAGUGAAAACAGAAAAGGCUAGUAACUCGGAGUCGGAAGAGGACUGGAUUAUACCUGUCAAAAAAGAACAAGAAGACAAAGAUGAAGUGAGCAGUAGACGGCAACGUAUUGCAGACAAACUGAAAAUGAAAGCCGUAUCCAAACUAGACGAUCAAUAUAUACAAAAUAUACACAAAAAGGUCAAAGUUGAGAUAUCCGACAGCGACGAAGACAUAGAUGAACUAUUAACCCAUGAGGAUGGAAAAAAACUAGAAAAUGAAAAAAAGAAGGAACAAAUUCGACAAGAAAUCCAAUCCUUGAAAAAACAAUAUCAAACCGAUAAGAAACAAAAAGACGAAGUCCUAGAGAGGAAAAUGGAAAAGGAUGCUAAAGAAAAAUCAAAAAAACUGGAACACGAAAAUAAUGAGCUGAUAAAGAAUUUUAUUGAAGAGAAAGAGAAAUACGAGAGCCUUAAGACAAAAGUACCCAAAAAAGGAACAAGCAGAGAAGACUUCACUUUAAGUUUGCUAUCAAAAUUUCGUUCCAAGUUAGAUGCCCUCAAACAGCAGCGCGAGGACAACGAAGAUGAAGACCAGAUCACAAACAAAACCGAUGAUAAUUUAAUUGAGAAAGAGAUACAAGGCGAUGAUUGGCUGCGUCACACUUUAAGAUUCCAGGAAGAUGUUCCCGUUUUGGCAAAAGAUGCUUCCACCAAAAGUGACGAUUGGUACGAUGUUUAUGAUCCACGUAAUCCUCUUAAUAAACGAAAGCGCAAAGAGACCAGUGGCCGCCCCGAUAAUAGGAAUAAAAAACGUCUUUAAAAUAACACAACUUAAGUACAAAAAUUUAUGGAUUUAUUUUUUUCUGUGUGGGACGACUCGUAGUUUAAAUACAAAGUUAAUUAAGGAAGCCAUAAUGCAUUAUGCCACA